GAUGUAAAACCGGGACUGUUUACUAUUUUCCUUUUUAGGCAAAAUACCUGAUUGGGACUCGCAAAAAGGGUAACUGCCCUGCUAUCUACAUCACCGACGCGGUGGUAAGGGAGGUGGUGAUGGUGAUACUGGGCCAUAGAAAAGAGGACUUCCAUACAACUAAUAGCCCAAAGUAAGGGCAAAGAGUCAAGCUGCCAGAUAUCACACACAAAGAGAUACUGUACCACAUUAAGAGCUGCCUGUGCGAUCAAUACAAUGUUCAGCAGUACUAACGCAAAUCAUGCUAUAUUAAAAACUCCUCCCAGAAACACCUUGAUACCACUAAAAAAUCCAGAUUAUCUACUCCAUGAUUCCAAUGAAUUAAAGAGUAGCACUAACAAUUCUGAUAAUGCCGACAAUCCCAAUAAUAUAAUAUUGUUGAGUCCCGAAUAUUCACCAAAAAAAAGAAUAUUGAACACAAAGAAUGAUAUAAUCCAUUAUGAUAAAAAUCUAAAUAAAAGAAAAAUAUUUCCUAUCAAAAAAUCAAAAAUUGGAAUGGGUCAUUUUACCCCGAAUUUUAAGAGUAAGUUAAAAUUCAACACCAAUAUUAAAUUCAGCUAUCCCAUUACCCCAACGACAAAUAAAAAAGAACACAAUAAUCCCUACAAAGAUAUAGACAAUGACGAUAACAUUGGUUUAGAUUUGUCAAAAAAUUUGCUUGAUCCGAUCAAUGAUAAACAUAUUAAAACUCCAAAUGAUAGGAUCAUUGAUAAAAAAUCUCUUAAUCUCAACAACAAUAAUGAUAGUUUUGAUCACAGCUUUAACAAUUAUGGUAAUCUUUUUGACCCAAAUGAGGAGUUAUUAUUAAUCAACAGGAAAGGAGAAAAAUUCAUUAAAAAACUAACUAGUCGAGAAAAAAAAAUUAAACCGAAAAACUUACUAAACCAGUUAUUAAAAGCGCGCGACGACGACGACGAUGAUGAUGAUGAUGAUGAUGAUGAUGAUGAUGAUGAUGAUGAUGAUGAUGAUUAUAGAAAUGAAGUAAAUCCCAACAAUAUUGUUAAUAAUAGUAGUGAGGAUAUUAAACAACUUGGAUUUAAAUUAAAUACUCAAUUCGAUGAAAUCGAUGAACAGUUGGGAAUAGGAAUGACUAUUGAAGAAAUUUUUCAAAAUAAAAAUCCAAAAUCGAGCAGACGGAUCUUAGUAUUUAAAGAUAAAAACUCAGACUCAAAUUCUGAAUCUGAAUCUGAAUCUGAUGAUGACGAAUAGUAUUUGAAAUAUUACCGCCAAUAGAUUACCCAAUACGCUUGAGUAUCCAUAUUCAUUUAUUUUUAUUAAUAAGCUUUGUUGUGCUAUAUUAUAUUUUUCGCUGAUUUCCUUCACAUAUCCUCUGUUUUCUCUUUAUUUUUAAUUUUCUUAAUAGAAACCACCAGAUUGGGCUAUGUAUUUUGUGUGCCUGGACAGCGUAGGAGAAGCGUUGUGCUA